AUGGCCACCACCAGCUCCACCACGCCCGAAUUCCUGUACCACCCGCUGUCGGAAGACAAGGUGCCCAGGGACAGCAUCGAGUUCGACACGUCCGCGCCGCUGCCCAAGCGCAUGGAGCACGUGAUCCUGCGCGUGCAGGACGAGAUCUGCGCCGGCAUUGAAGCUGUGGACGGCAAGAAGUUCCGCACCGACAAGUGGGAGCGCGAGGGUGGCGGCGGCGGCCGCAGCCGCAUCCUGCAGGACGGCAACGUCAUGGAGAAGGCCGGCGUGGCCGUGUCCAUCAUCAACGGCACGCUGCCUGCUGCCGCCGCGCAGCAGAUGACGGAGCGCAACGCCGAGCUGCCGCCCGGAAAGGACCUGCCGUUCUACGUGUGCGGCAUCAGUCUCGUCAUGCACCCGCGCAACCCCAUGGCGCCCACGAUCCACCUCAACUACCGCUACUUCGAAAUCGAGGUCGGCAAAGACGAGCAGGGCAACGCCAAGAAGGUGGGCUGGUUCGGCGGAGGCGCCGACCUGACCCCGAGCUUCCUCUUCGAGGAGGACGCGCGCCACUUCCACACGGUCUACAAGACGCAGCUCGACAAGCGCGACCCGACGUGGUACCCCAAGAUGAAGAAGGCGUGCGACGAGUACUUCUACAUUGCGCACCGCAAGGAGCACCGCGGCAUCGGCGGCUUCUUCUUCGACGACCUCACGGACACGUCGGAGGAGACGUUCCAGUGCAUCCGCAACUGCGCCAACUCCAUGCUGGACGCGUACAUCCCAAUCCUGAAGCUCCGCAAGGACAUGCCGUUCACGGAGGAGCAGAAGGAAUGGCAGCAGAUCCGCCGUGGCCGCUACGUUGAGUUCAACAUCAUGUACGACCGCGGCACCAAGUUCGGCCUGCUGACCCCCGGGUCGCGAGUCGAGUCCAUCAUGAUGUCUCUCCCGCUGACGGCCCGCUGGGAGUACAUGCACUCCCCCAAGGAGGACUCGUGGGAGGGCAAGACCCUCGAGGUGCUCAAGCACCCCGUCGACUGGCUGAAGGUCGAGUCGGAGCCUUAAAGCGAUGGCGUCCUCGGCCUGUGGAAAGCGUGCUUGCUAGCACGAAGAUAGUCGUUCGUGUGUCUGUAGAUAUCAACUCAAAUACAAAAUCAAAACAACAC